AUGUCGUCCGCAAAGCAGUCGUUCGAUGGCGAUGCCAUCGCCUCGGUCUCCAAGGCCUACCCCGUUGUUGCCAAUGCCGCAGCCCCCGGUUCGGAAGACGAGGCGUCCAAGACCGCCUCCGUCAACGAUGACGCCAAGUCUCAGCGCAACACCAAGUCGCCCUUCGAGGUGCCUGUGGGCGAAGCGGGCGUGGGUGCCGUCUCUCGUAAACUCAGCAGCCGUCACAUCCAGAUGAUCGGUAUUGGCGGUGGUAUUGGAACUGGUCUGUUCGUCGGCUCGGGUAUCGCCCUGGCCAAUGCUGGUCCUGUCGGUGUCUUGCUGGCGUACAUCAUCACCGGUAUGAUGAUCUUUGGUGUCAUGGAGGGUCUCGCAGAGAUGUCCUCCUACCUGCCCGUCAGUGGUUCCUUCAUGCACUUUGCCAGUCGUUUUGUCGACCCUUCGCUCGGAAUGGCGCUUGGCUGGAACUACUGGUGGUGCUACGCCAUCGGCUGGGCCUCGGAGCUGUCGGCGGCUUCUGCUGUCAUCGGAUACUGGAACGCCGACAUCAACAUCGCCGCCUGGAUUUCCAUCAUGAUGGUCGUCGGUGCCCUGCUCAACUUUGCCGGUGUCAACAUCUACGGCGAGUCCGAGGUGGUCACUUCCACCAUCAAGCUUCUCGCUUUCGUCGUCCUGAUCAUCUUCGGUCUGGUCAUCGACCUCGGUGGAGGCCCCAAGCACGACCGUCUCGGGUUCCGCUACUGGAAGGAGCCUGGUGCAUUCAACCAGUUCAACGGCAUCGGCGGUGCUGAAGGACGCUUCCUCGGUUUCUUCAGUGCGUUCCUGCAGAGUGCCUUCACCUACGUAGGCACGGAAACCGUCGUUCUCGCUGCUGCUGAGGCCAAGAACCCGUCGACGCAGAUCCCCAAGGCUGCCCGACGAGUGCUCUACCGUAUCCUGUUCUUCUACAUCCUCGGUAUCGCCAUCAUGGGCCUCAUCGUGCCCUACAACGACCCUGGUCUCAAGAGCGACGGCUCGUACACCGGUGCGUCGCCCUGGAUCAUCGCCAUGACCAACGCGGGUGUGACGGUACUUCCGCAUAUCUUCAACGCCGUGGUCCUGAUCAGCGCCUUCUCCGCCGGAUCCUCGUACGUCUACGUCUCGAGCCGAACGCUGUACGCCUUGUCGCUGGAUCGUCAGGCGCCCGCUGUGUUCCGACGCGUCGACAGGCGCGGGAUUCCGUAUGUGGCCGUGGGGGGCUCGUGGCUCGUCGGCGCGCUCUCGUACCUGGGCAUCAGCUCCGGCGGUGGUACGGUCUUCUCGUGGCUCUCGGCGCUGUCGGCGGUGGCGGGUCUGUUUGCAUGGGCCACGUGCUGCUAUGCCUACCUGCGCUUCAGGAAGGCAUACACGCUGCAGGGCUACGACCACUCGGCACUCCCCUACCGCGCCCGCCUCCAGCCCUACGCCAGCUGGUUCAGCAUCAUCAUGUGCGCCAUUGUCAUCUUCUUCUCCGGCUGGAAGGUUUUCUUGAAAGGCAACUUCACCGCCUCGGGCUUCCUCACCAACUACCUGGGCAUCCCCGUCUUCUUCGUCCCCUGGAUCGGCUGGAAGCUCUGGCACAAGACCAAGGUCGUCAAGCUCGCCGAGGUCGACCUCGACAGCGGCAGGCUCAGGAAGGAGGACGAGCCGCUCGAGAUCGUGCCCACUACGCCCUGGGGCAAGUUUAUCGCUUGGCUCUUCUAG